AUGGAUGGCCACAGGCGCAAUGCGCAAAACCUGGAGGUAGAUGCUCACCGGACAUCGCGAAGGGAAGGUUUGAAGAGAUCCAGCACACCGUUUGUUCUUCAAGUUCUCUUGCUGGCGGCCGUGGUUCUACUUGGCUGCGCUACGAUUAUAAGCAGGCAAAUCGCAGCUCAGCCGCUGAAGCGUUACACAUCCGUGCUUGUCUUGUACACAGCCGUUAUCUACCUGCCGCUCUACUGGCUCAUCCUUUUGCUGCUUUUGCUGACCGGGGCCGUGCCCUGGUCUCAACUUCGCUUUGUUUGGACGCGGCUCUCCGGACACGGCAGCUUCCCCGUUGCGUUCUUCGCCAUUUGCGCGCUAGGCGACUCUGUGGGAGACACGAUUCAAGCGAUUUGCGUGCCCCAUGUCAGCGGUCCAGUUCACAGCCUGGCAAACACAUGCAUCUCGAUCUUCAUCGCCAUGCUGUCAAUGUGCGUCUUCAAUGAACGCUACUCCCUGACACAGUGCGCUGCGCUUCUAGCAGUGUUUGCGGCCGUUGUCAUAGGUUUUCUGCCAUCUCUGGAAGGUAGCACUACUACGGAUCCUGCUUUCGCCGUGAUUGCUGGAGGCAGCUGCUUCUUUUAUGCAGUCUCGUUUGUGGUCAAGGAAUUGGUCUUCAAGCGGUUCAAGGUCUGGCAAGCGGAGAGCCAUUGCGGUGAUGCCGGCCUGAACAUUUUUGUAAUGAAUGCGCAUUUGGCUCUUUUCCAGCUUCCUUUGACGAUUCUUUUGAUACCAUUGAAUGAGCUUUUGAAGCAGACCAACGGUGAAGGAAUUUUUGCCUACUCGAAAGAAGCGUUCGACUGUGUCUUCUAUGAUGCACAUAGCUGCGGGCCAGAAUCCAAUCAUGGGGAGCUGGCAGGUCUAUGUGUCGGCGUUUGCGUCGCGGUCACGGUGCUCUGGAACUUGAUGAUCGUGCUGUGCGUGAAGCACACGGGGGCACUGGCCACCAACAUCGCUUUGAAGGCCAUCUUCCCGGUAUCCGCGGUGCUCUUUGCCUAUGUUGACUGGCCUUUGCUCGGCCCAACCCGCCUGUCGUGGUUGGUCUGGCUAUCCAUCCUGUUGCUGGUUCCCUCCAUUGGAGCCUAUCAGUGGGCCACACACGUCCAGGCUCAACGUGGUGAGACUGCUCGAUGCUGCCUGCCCUCGCGGCCUCCAGGGCUGCUGGACUGA